CUCAGGCAGCGCAUUGCGCUGAUCUGGAUGCUGCAGUUGCUUUGCAAUCGAAUCGAAGCACUCACUGUGGAUAAUCAACUGGUCUCGGCACGUAAUGACUGCUUUGAGCGAAUCGCUUUGGAGGCAAUGCUGCCAUUUGAGAAGACCUUCCGCACCGAAGACACCAACUCGCUGAAGAUGUGCAAGGAGAAGUGCCUGCAGGCGGGCGAGAAAUGUCAAGCCAUCUCAUUUGGUGUGCAUCGACGCGGAAACGGCACAUGUCAGUUGUCAUCGGAGCAGUAUGGCAAUGCUGGCGGCGCGAGCGGGCGGCCGGGUGGGGUCAUUUUCGAUCCCGACUUUGAUUUGUAUGCGCGCAAAACGAACUGUUUCGAUUUGAGCGACAAUUCGAUUGGGGCACCAUCGAGUCCCAUCAGUACGGGCGUAACGCCCGUGAAUCUGCCCAAUCGACCGCUGGAUGUGGGCAACACACCAGUGCUCGUUGUCGAUCCCACGCCGCACACCGACCAUCCCGAUCAUCACCUGCCACCUUCACCACUACCACCACCGGGUCCGUCUUUGCCCCCACCUGGCGUUGGAGAUCGUUUGUACUUCUCGCAUGAGAUUUAUCCACUUUACAAAUAUCCAACGCUCUACGAGCACAACUAUCCGGCGCCCAAUGAGGAGGUCUACAUACCCGGCGGCUAUGCCGCCAAUGUGCCAGAGGUGGAUGAGCGUUAUAGGCCCUCCUAUGGCCAUUCGUUGGAUAAUGAUGGCGUGCGUCCAACGCCACACAGCCCUCCACGUCCCAUUUUUGGCCUGGGCUAUGGCAAUGGCUAUAGCUAUGGUACUCCGGAGCGCUAUGCGCCCACCACUCUACGGCCCGGUGCCAGUGAUCGUCCCAGCUAUGCGCCCCGCCCGGAAUACAGCAGCGACCGACCCGACUAUCCGCGUCCUUCCCCAGCGCGUCCCUAUGACAGCUCCACACCGACCGGACAUGGACCGCGACCUACGUCCACUUACGAUGGGCAUCGCGAGCCACGUCCGGACUAUACCAAUCGACCUGAUCCGCCGCAACAUGCAGCACAUGAUGGCAGCUAUGAACCCGGGCCAGGCUCUUCGGCACGUCCGCCCGUCUACGACAGGCCAUCGCCACCUCCUAGGGAUGACUAUGUGCGUCGCAAUGGUAGCGUCAUGCGACCCAAUGGUUACAGUGGCUACGAUGAUGACAAGACCAUAUCCACGUACUUCAAUCCCGGUGAUUAUAUGCACGGCAAUAAAAAGCCCCCAAUGCAAAUGCCUGGUGACAGAGAUCACGAUCGUUAUCCCAUGGAUGAGAUGAAUGCCUGCUUCCGUCGUGUGUUGGCCGGGAAGCGAGUCGCUCAGCAUUGGGUGCGUCGCUCCAUAUCCUGCGAACGGGUGGAGGAUUGCAUGCGGGAGUGCGGCCAUGAGAAGCGAUUCAUGUGCGAAGGCUUCAACUAUCGGUUGGAUCCGUCGGGACAUGGCCAGGGCGACUGUGAGCUGAUCGAGAUGCCGCUGUCCCAAAUGGAAAUCUAUUCGAGUGCGAAUCGACGCGACUCGAAUCUUCUGAGGCAUCCCGAUUAUGAUUACUAUGAGCGGGAUCGUAAUGCGCCCAGCAGCUGUCGUCGCAAUGCCUGCCAGGACUGCUCCAAGGGUCCACUGAGCAGUAAUCCGAUUUACUUUAAGCCCGGUAGCAGUGGGCCUGGACCCAGCGGCGGCUCCUAUGGCGGAGAUCGAGACCGUGAUCGCGAUCGUGAUCGUGAUCGUGAUCAUUAUAGACCCCCGCCACCGUCGCCACACAGCAGCACCGCUGUAGAUCAUUAUCGAGGUCCGUCGGGCCCCCCAAGUAGCAGCUCCUACGAACAUCGACCUUAUUCACCGGACCAUCAUAGCUCCCAUUCCUCCAGCUCCUCAUCCUCAUAUGAAUUCUCCUCGCAUAGCUCGGGCUCUGGUUACUAUGGUCACACGCCACCCAGCAGCUUUGGCGAUCAGUCACGACCCGACUAUAUAGAUCGACAUGAUUAUGGCCGACCUGAGCCACCAUCCCGCUACAGACCCGAUCGCUGGGAAACUUUCCCCAGCAGCUCGGGCUACGAUAGCUCUGUCUACCGUCCACCACGACCCGAAACAGAUCGCAUUGACAAGUACAGACCCUCCUAUCGUCCGGGGCAUGAUUACUCGCCCUAUCGCCCACAUGAGCCGAGUAGGCCAGCGCCGCCAGCCACGGGUCCGUCGCACAACUACCUUGAUAGAGAUGGACCCAAUUCGGGCAGCGUUGCCUACUCGAAGCCCAACAAGUUUGUGCCCUAUUUAAUAGGGACCGAAGACAACUAUGGCAGCUAUGGGGGCAGUUAUGGCGGCAGCAGCAACAAGCACAGCUCCUCGCAAUACGGACUGAGUGAGUCGCAUCAUCGAAAGGAUCAGCAUGGCUUCAACUACUUUGAGUUGGGCACCAGCCAUCGGGAGCCACCACGUGAAUCGAAUGCAGUGCUGCGCUAUCCCGGCUCCAGUUACGACAAUGAAUAUCCGCGUCUGCGCAACGACUACAGACAGAAGUGGACCAGACGACCAGGACCAGAUGAAUGCUCUGCCAAGACUAGCGAAGGCUUCCGACUCCACAAGACGGCCGUGAAGCAUGCCUUCAAUGUGCCCACACUCACGGAAUGCGAGCGUCUCUGCUCGGAUCAGCGUCCCAGUUUCAUUUGCCACACAUAUAGCUAUCGCUAUAAUCAGGCGGGCCGCGACAAUUGCAUGCUCUGCGACAGGCCCGUCAAUAUGCUCGAUUACUAUGUGGACAUUGAGCCGGAUCGGGACUACGACAUCUACUCCAUGGCCGAUGAUAUGGAUGUGUGCAGACAGCCAUCAUCACAACCCCCGCGACGUAGUGAUAAUCCCAGCACAGCACUCUCCGAUCCGCGCAAUGCACAGUGCUUCUUCCGCGCCAUUGAUGCCACACGCUUCUUCAAGUCCAUCGUGAGGGACUCGCUGACUGUGCGCACUGUGGGUGAGUGCGAGAUGGAGUGCAUCCGUUCCACGAAGUUCACCUGUCGCGCCUUUGCCUUUCGAUAUGGCCAGCAGCGGCAUGCGGGCGUCAUCGACAACUGCCAGCUGAGCGAUUGGCCCGUCCGGGAUAUGGACAAGGAGCGCCAUCUCAUUUUGGAUGCCGCCUUCGACAUAUUCGAGCGCGCCAGCUAUGGCCAUGGUUGCGAAAUACAGCCUAUUAUGGAUGAGAAACACAAGAAACUGUGUUAUUUGGGAUAUGGAUCGCCGGCUCGACUACUGCCACCUGCUAUCAAAAAGGUCAUGAAGGUGUCCUCAGAAAUGGCCUGCAAGAAGGAGUGCAUACACUUCAGGGAGACGACCCAAUUCAAGUGCUAUGCCUUCAGCUUUGGCUCCCAUGGCAACUGCGAAAUGUCGGAUCUGGAUCAGACGGAGCUGAAGCUGGAUGUGCACUAUACGCACACCAAGGAGCGCGAUUAUUGGCUGUUCGCGUGGAAUCCCUUCGAUUGGACCUGUCGCGACAAGGUUAACACAAUUGGGGGAUCGCGUGUGAAUAAUGAUCGUCGCAUGGACAUAUUCCGGGAACCUGGCGACCUUGCCUGGCGUCAUUAUACCGUGUCCGGCAAACCCUGUCGUCGCAGCAGUCCUUGCGAAAAGAAUCUCGUAACGGGAUUCUAUUCCUGCGAAACGGAUGGCACAGAAAUCGGCUCCUGGGAUUACUGCUGCAAAACGGAUCAUCCCUGUGGCUACAGUCGCGGCUUCGAUUAUCCCUGGUGCUUUGUGGGCGACGAGGCAGAUCAGUGGCGCAAGUGCAGCGAUCGUUAUUAUCCCGGCGGCAAGAACGGCACAAAACCGACGCACUCCAGCCUAGGCCUGCCCAGCAGCAUCAGCAGCAGCAAGCAGAAGCCAAAGCAUCAGCCAAAUCAGCCAGCGACGGCGGCGAGCAGUGAAUACAACCAGCAUCCGCCGCGACCCGGUGGAUUGCAGAGUCUUAGCGAUUUCGCUGCGGCACGUCUCUGGCCGGUCACAUAUCUGUACAGCGAGGGGCCGCCAAAUGCGACCGAGUUUAGCAAUUUCGUUGAUUGCAAUAAGGAGACAUGCUAGCCGCCACAGUAACAGCAACAGUAGCAGCAACACACGACAGCAGAAAGCGUUUUAAGUAGUGCUUAGUUCCCCAAUUAGCAGAUUUCCCAAUAACACUUGCCACCUGCCCCCCGCUCUUGCCACCAGCACUUUUUCUAGCUCUAAGUGCAACUGCACGCGGUAACAAUGACGAAACGAAAAAUGUUCUCACCGUUUGCAAAAUGUGUCGUUGUGAUUUUUUAAUGAGAUUGGAUACAAUUUUCCGUCAUAAUCAAGUAUACAAAAAAAAAAAAACAAUUAACUUAUUAAUUUAAAUAAUAUAUCCAAGCUUUUUAAUGUUAAUCACCCAUUCGUGCUGACGAUAAAAUUUAUGUAUUUAAGCUAAAUCUGUAAACUGUGUACGCAAUAUAAUAAUGAUAAUAAUAAACUACUUAACUGCAAAGCGGUUAAAGUUGAUGGUAAUCUAAUUAUUGCUUUCGCUGUCACUGGACCUAUUUAAAGAGCGAUCAUUGUAAAUGCUGAUUAGUGUGGGAGAUAACUUAGUUUCC